AUGUAUAUAAGCCGUACCGUAACAUGUUACACUGAUCGUAUCAUUGAAUGUCAAAUAGCACAAGAAUCAGAAUCGAAUUCGGCAAAAGCUCUAGUAACUAGACCACUAUCAAAAAAUCAUAAUCGGGUAACAUCAGUUCUUGAAUUUAAUGGUGAACAUAUUAAAUUUGAAAAUAAAGUAGAAAAUCGUCCCUUAUUAAUAAUCAAUGAAUCGCCCAAAUAUAUGUGUCCUGAAAGUCUUUGUCUGAGCUAUUGGAAUAUUCAAAAUGAAGUCAAUCAAUGGGAAAAUGACAAUGAUGUUAAAUUUUAUGAAUAUACUCAAAGUUCAAUUGCUGCAAACAUACCACAUGUUUCAGAUUUUACAGUUCGUAAUAUUAGAUUUACUAAGCAUAUUGCAUUAGAUACAACAGUUUUAGAUCCAUCUUAUGAUUAUGAUUUCACGAACAUAAAUGAUGCGGGUAUAAGUUACCAACAUGGUCCUGAAUAUUACAAACGACCCUGUGGAUGGUAUAGAAAAGCUAUUAAAGUACUUGAAAACGCUGCAUGGUUAGAUACUGGUAUAGAUUCAUGGCCUGUAGGUUACCGUGGCACAUCAACUUCAAAUGCUUUAUCGAUAUUACGUAAUGUUUUGAUGGCAGGUGGUAGUGGAGGUGUGGCUGUAACUAAUGGCACUGCUUACGGUCCCGGUAUAUAUUUAUCACCUGAUCAUAUUCUAGUACUGAAAAUUAUUCUAAAUCAUUACUUGCUGGAAAUGGUAGAUAAUAUCAAAUCAUGUUUCAAGUUAGAGUUAAACACGGUUGAAUAA